GCGUCCGGCAAUGUUUUUGUUCAUUUUUUGUGAAAAACAGUGAAAAACGCGUAGUCGCCAAACGCCGGUUCUAUCUGUUUAUCGUGCACAAUUUUAGCAUUGUUUCGCGUUUUAGUGCUGUUUUAUCUUCCAGAAUUGAAGCUCGUGAUGGAGGAACAAAUACCCACAGCAUCCACAUCCAAGCAAGAUAAAAAAAAAUCCGGUGCGAUGUGGGAAACCUUGAUACCAACGUUGAUCGAUAAAGUAAAUAAACGAAGUUCCUAUCUGGAGAAAAUUCUGGACAUGAUCCGACGGGAUCUGACCUACGAUAAUCCGGGGUUGUUUCCUACAACUCUUCUAGCAACGCCUAAGGAGAGAGAUCCUGUGAAAGCUUGCAACUUUUGGCUUAUCAACCAUUUGCUCUAUGUUGCUUCCAUCCAAGAUUUCUUUAGUAUCAAAAAGAACAACAUAGAAUUGCAAAAGGCGAUCAUUUCAGCUAGCUUCGUGAAGCAGAUAUGGUUUCUGUAUGACGCAGCUGACAAAUAUUUGGUGAUACUUGAUCAGCUGAAUUCCAUCAACUCAGAAAUGGAGACAAGGCUGGAGCACUUUCACAUGCCUGAUCACUAUUUUGUUGGGUUGGAUUGCGCCUGCGUCUUUGCGCCGAUUGUCGUGGGGAGCAAAAUUACAAAGGUAGCAUUAACUGAGAAUUGUCUACAUGUCCUGUGCCAAGUAGUCAGUCUAGUGGACGACUCAUCCAAUCGCAGCAUCCGCGAGCGUUCGGCCAAAUCGGUCAUGAAGACUCUGAAUCAAGGCUCAUUAGACGAGAAGACGCUAAGCAUAAUGUUUUUUGGCCAAUUUCUUAAGCUGAUCUCAGUUUAUACGUCAGAUCUAGAACAUUUAGUCGGCGAAAUUCUAUCGAUUGUGGAAACCACUUUGGAACGGUUUAAUCGCUGGCUAAGCAGUGAAAUAGCUCGAGUGAAGUCAUUGGAGCAAUUCAAGACGGCUCUCGUUGAUUUCUACAGCAAACUGAAUGGAUUAAAAUAUGGCACUUAUCAGUCCGAGCAGCAAAAUAAAUUGUUUCAAUGUUCAAUAAACAUUAUCAAGAAUCUAAUGAUCAUCGAGAAAGAUGCCGAAGAUAUCAAAUUGAAGCUUUUGGAACAGAUUAGUAGAUUUAUGGGUGGUUUACUGAAUCAAUGUAUGUCUGGUAUGAAUUGCGACCUGUUUGACGACAUAUUUUCGUUGUCUAACCAGUUUCCAGACCUAUUAAGCCUACUUGAAGUUCCCAUCACCAACGAACUAAUUGCGGCCAAGAAUCUGGAUGAGGUUUCCACAUUAAAACAGAACCAUUUCUGGAAUCGAGCACUGGAUACUGUCGAAGACGAUGAAUGUAAAAAAAAAACGCUGCAGAAGCUCUAUUUGCGCCAAAAAAUUAUCCAUCUAGCCGUCAACGUUACGUUUAACUACUCGUGUUGGUCACAAAGAGAAUACAACAGAACGCGGAGUGUUGUGGCAUUCUACGGUAGCUUGCAGCCAUUUCUACAGAAGCUUUUUCAAGACUUACUAGAAGUUGCUUUCAAUACUGACAUUAUCCUACUGGUGCUGGAUGUAUGCUUCGAUUCUAUCCUAUUGAAGGACUUCGCAUCUGUAGACGUUGACUUCCAAAAACAUAUUUGUUCCUGGUUUUUGCUGCCGUACGAACCUUUAGUCACAAAUUCAGUUCUUUCGGUAAUUCCCGAAAAUUUGAAGAAAAAAUAUUACGACUACUUGCAAAACAGUUGUGAUAUUCAGUUAAUAAAAACCAAAUCGCUGGAUCAACUGUGCACUCUCAGUUUCAACAACAUCAACGAAUCUGUAUCGGACACGCUGAAAACUAAUCUCUGGACGAUCAUUACGAGCAUCGCAAGUUCGGGAGACCUUGAACAGACACGAAUCCUACACAGUUUCUACACGAACCUUCUACUUUCCUUCAAGUAUCCACCAUCACUGCUAGCUAAAGAGAUGCUUCUGAUAUCCCUACGCACGCCAGAACUGCGGCAUGCCUCAGUUCAAAAUCUGAACGCACAUGUGUGUAUGAAGUCUGGAAAUUUCUCAAUUUUUGAAAUCAAACGUGAAUCGACCCUGAGGAGAAAGUACCGCUGCUUUGUGUGUAAACCAAGUGCCGACGACACUGACAUUGCUUGUACUCAAACAACUGCGACUCAAAAACGAGAACCUUUCGCCCAGAGUGAUGGCGUUAGAAUCACUCCAAAAAGUGUUACAGAAUUUUCUGAAUUUGACUUGUCUGUCGAAGAUUUGGAACUCCUGUAUCGCACGGAGGACAACGAUAUACGGGUCGAAAUGGCCAAAAUGCUACCAGUUCUGCUAAAACACAGCGCUCAACUCGUCACCAACGAACAAAUAGUACAGGCUUGGAGUGGUCUUAUAACGUGUAACUUAGUGGAAGUGUGUAUCACAUUUUCGAAAACAUUUCCCAUGCUAAUGGAGUACAUAAUGAACUCCUCACUAGACAGUCAGGAGAAAGAUAAAAUAAUCCAAACGUGUCUUGAUAAAUUGCUACAAGCAGUCAAGCUUAGCUUGAAGAAAUCGGACUACAACUACCAAUCGGCUGUGAUGAACAUGCUGGUUAAAUUUGCUACUUGUGACGGUUUGAGCGAGGAACGUUUAAUGCACUGUUUGCGGAUGUUGUUCUUCUUUUUGAUGCUCCGUGAGUCAGAGGUUUCACGGGAGGCCACCCUGGCUGCGGGAGAAAUGUGUGGGCAUCAUGGGGUGUCAACACUGGACAUGCUGCACUGGUAUCGUCAUGAUACGAUCAAGCUAAUGACAGCCAUAAGUGCCACAAACUAUUGCUGCUAUAACGCAUCCUUGCAUAAAUCGCUGUACCAUAUUAGCCGAACGUUUCAGUUCAGUGGACCAGUUAAAUUUGUGACUAAAUACUACAAGAUCAUUCUGGCUAUGUUGCUACCAUGGUGUGUCAAGCGCCCGAAAUGUGAACAUUUGCUGCAAGAACUUGCGAAUAUGACUCGAAGGGAUAAGAAAUUAAUGCUGUCCGGUUCCUUCCUUACCAUUUACCCGUAUUUGUUCAUCAACGAACCGGCGAACAUUACUAAUCAGUGUAUUGACUACAUCAUGACCAACACCGGGAUCACUCUGGUGCAUCUUCUCCAUUCCGAUAUAAAGAAAACGGUUGCCGAAAUUUUGAUUUUCUACCAUAUUAACGCCGAGUGCGUUUUACAUGCAUUUCGUAGUCUGUUGGCGAAGGAUGACGCCCAGGACAUUACGACAGCACAAAUGGCAGAAUACAUAUUCAACCGGUUCCUGGGUGUGCUCACGUUUUUCGAAGCGACGCUUAUCAACCCAGAAACGGAAAAAGUUAUGAAACGGGAAACAUUACAUAGUUUGGGUGAAAUUAUCCGGCUCCUUGGAGGCCACCACAUAACGCCAUUCCGUUUCAAAAUUAUUGCUCUGUUGAAGACGGCUCUGUCGUUCGACGAAGCCAACUUCAAAGAUAUAUGCAUCAAAGUGUGGCGAAUAUUCAUCUGUACCGUAGACGUCGAACAGCUGGGGUCAUUGCUGAGCAGCAUAUUCGUGUCAUUAGUUCAUUUCAUCGAUCAAUUUCCGGAGGACAUAAACUACAUCUUCCACUAUUUGGUUGUCCAGAAUAAUAGUUUGCUGAGCCAGCACAUACCGGAUCUGUUCUUUCUGGACGAAACCGAGGUGGAUGAGGAUAUCAAGAGGAUUGUCGCGGUGCAUACCAAGACCGAUAGAGAACGUGAUCAAUUUCUUGUUAAGUUUACUGAGCUCAUCAAACAGGUGAAUCACGAGAACCUCUCAGUGAGAGUGUUUGGUUUGAAGUAUCUCAAACGGUUAUUCUCGUGCAGCCGUAUCCAAGUGAAUGAUACCAUCAUUGGCCAACUUACCUUUAAUCCAAUGGUGGAGAGUCUGUUGGACAAUCUCAUCAAAAGCUGCAGUGACAUUGACACCAACUAUAGAUUACGAGCAGCGGAAUGCAUAGGAGAAUUAGGUGCUCUAGCUCCCAGUUAUCUUCCUCCAAACUAUGCCCCGCAAGACAGUUUCGCUCUAAGCAUCCACUCGGAUGCGUUUGCCAGUAUGGCUUUAGCAGAAUUAUGUCGAGCUUACCAGUUCCAAAAAGACACCAAACUUGUGGAUAGUUUUUCGCUCGCGAUUCAAGAAAUUUUGGGCGAGCGUGGAGUUUCGCCAAAGACAGGGAAGAAACUCGAAGUUUGGGAGGCUAUUCCGGAACGUUUAAGACCAAUUAUGGAACCCUUGCUUACUUCCUGCUACACUGGUCUCACUAUGACUACGACAAUUGAGUGCCACCCUAUUUUUGGGAGCUCUAAAGCUCAGUCCUGCCAAGAAUGGGCCUAUCUAUGGGCUUGCCAGAUGAUCGAACACCUCGAAAAAGACCACACACAGACCCUGCUUAAAUCAUUCAAACCAAGCAUACGGUGCGACAUUAGCACGAUGACCAUGUUUCUGCCAUAUAUUCUUUUGCAUGCCAUACAAGGAAGCUCCGAAGAUUACCGAAAGAAGAUGGUCGAAGAGCUGCAAUUUUUGUUCAAUGCUAUCAUGAACAACAAUCCUGAAAUUGACAGUCCCGAACAGCAAGACCAUUACGUCCGUGGUUUACGAACAUUGCAAUUUAAACCAGAAGACCACAAGGCAGCAUCUUCCGAUACCGAAACCAGUGACAUGUCAAACGAAUGUGCCAAAUUUGCCUUCAGUUUGUUGGAUUUUCUCGAGAAAUGGAAGCGCCAGUGGCGAAAAGUUUAUCAACUUGAUGAUAGCAAAACGGACUUCCACAACGUUGAUGGAUUUCUCAGCGAAUUUGAUCAUGAAAUGUUGGCCAACAUUAAUUUCAAAUGCAACGAAUAUGCGCGCUCAUUGAUGUAUCUGGAAGCUUUCAUCGAAGACGAUCCUUCGCGCCUGCAGCAGCAUCUUUUCUUCUUGGCUAAGAUAUUCACCCAUCUUAACGACCCGGACUCAGUAGAAGGAGUUAUGUGUCUCAAAACAACUGAACCAACUUUGGCAGAGCAAAUUCUGCUGCACAACGCAACCGGACGGCUACACCAAACUGCCGCCUGUUACGAACGUAUGCUGCAAGUUGGAGAUGUAAGUCCCCGGGAUAUUCAUAAUAUGGUAGAAUGUUAUCUAAGCUUAGAUCAGCCUGAAACUGCACUGCUUCUGUCCGAAAGUCUGCUUAACAAAUAUUACGAAAGCAAUGUGCACUCAUUACUUCAGGAAAUCAAAGCGGAACCACUGUAUCGGCUAAGUCGGUUUGAAGAGCUAGAAGAAUUGUUGGAGUCUCCGUCAGUCCAGGAUAGUGAUAGCUGGGGUGUGAUUUGUGGUUCGUUAAUGAUCAGCUACCGGAAGAACAAUCACGAUCAGUUCAAGCAAAGGCUUGAACAGGCAAGAUUGGCAGUUUUGAAGAUUCUUCGAAACUCUGACCUUAAAAUUAGUGCCUAUGAGAAAGGUUAUGAACAGGUACUCAAACUUCACAUGAUAACUGAAUUCGAAAAAUGCGAACAAGUGCUGAACAAUGUACGAUCGAACGGACUUCAAAGAUGUCACGCAGAUAUAAAAAAUCUGAUAGAAAAUUUCGAAUCUCGGUUGGAAUUGCUCCAACCGGCAGCAGCCACUGUGGAACCUAUCAUAAACCUUCGCCGCAUAUUGUUAAAAGAGACCAAAAUAUUGAUCAACGGACUCCCUACCAGUGCCAGCACAGGUGGUUUGGUGAAAGAGAUCAACGAAACCAUCGAUAGCCAUAUCGGUGAAUUAUGGAUAAAAAGUACUGAACUGGCAUCUAGAGCAAAACUCUUCGAGCAGGCACAUCUCUAUAUUCUGCAUGCGGAGAGUUACAAACCCAAGGAGCUGUUCAUUAAGAAAGCUAAACUGCUCUGGGAGAAGCGCGACGUUGCAAACGUUUUCAAAGUCCUUGAAAGAGGUCUUGCUGAAAUUUUGCAGUUAGCUAAAAUAUCAGAUCCAAAGCAGUUGCCCAAAGAUGAUAAAAUGAUUUUUGCCCAAGGAAAACUCCUGAUUGCCAUAUACAAUGCAGAUUCCUCCAAUGUCUCUACCAGCAUCAAUCAGAAAUGUUUUAAAGAAGCAGUACUGGCUUACCCGGAGUCAGAAACCUGUAUGGUCCACUUGGCACAAUAUCUGGACAAAUUACACGCGAACUUUUCUAGCGACGAUCAAGAUUCGACGAGGGGAUGGGAACUUCUGCAGGACGUUAUGACUUAUUACGGUAAGUCCAUGAUGUACGGUUCCACAUACAUUUACCAAUCGAUGCCGAGAGUGCUCAGCAUUUGGUUAGAUUUCACUUCCAGAGGUGUCAAUAACGACUCGUAUAGAAAGAUUUGUUCCACUAUGAACAAGCUAGCACAAAGGUUCAGUGAAACACUGUCACCGUAUUUCUUUUUCACUGCAUUUUCCCAACUUAUGAGCCGUGUAGCGCAUCCUUCUGUUGAAGUAUUUCAGGUGCUGAAAUCAAUCAUAGUUAAACUGAUUCUCACCUAUCCUCAGCAAUCCCUUUGGAUGUUGCUUAGCGUUUACAAAUCGUCCUACACAAAUCGCGUCAAACGAUGCAACGAAAUUUUCCACGAUAAAAAAUUAGCAAAAACGUCUAUGCAAAAGAUGAUCACCGAUUUCAAUGCACUAGCUGAAAAGUUUAUCGAACUUACAAACAAAGAUCUGGGAUCAUCAAAAGAAACCAAAGGAAUUGUGUCAUCUGUAGUCAAGUCACUACCGAAACUGUUCAGUGAUGGCGUCCUAUCCGAUAUCAUGAUGCCUAUUCAAAAGUGCAUGCAACUGGUAUUAGAUAAAAAUUCAACUAGUUUUUCUUCGUAUCCAAUGAACCUGGUGUACAUACAUGGAAUACGCGAAGAGUUUACCAUCCUCCAAUCGUUGCAAAAGCCCCGGAAAAUCACAUUGGUCGGUCACGAUGGACGCGAAUACACCAUGAUGAUGAAACCGAAAGAUGACCUCCGCAAGGACUUCCGUUUGAUGGAAUUUAAUGCUGUCGUGAAACAAUACCUAUACAAAGACCCAGAUGCUAAACACCGUCGCCUAAAUAUCAGGACCUACACGGUACUGCCUUUGAAUGAAGAAUGUGGCAUUAUAGAAUGGGUGGAAAACUUGAAUACAUUCCGCAGCAUCAUAUGCACGUACUACAAGCAACGAGGAAAGGGCAUGGCGGCAAAGGAGCUGCGCAAUUACAACUUCAAACGGCAGGAACCACUUCAAAAGAAACGUGACGCUUACCUCAAUGUACUUCUACCUCGACAUCCUUCUGUUUUUGGAGAGUGGUUUCGCGAUCGGUUUUCCAAUCCUCAUAACUGGUUCCAAGCGCGAAGCUCUUACAUUAGAACCACGGCUGUGAUUUCUAUUGUUGGUUACAUUCUCGGUCUCGGAGAUCGUCACGGCGAAAACAUUCUCUUCGAUGCAACAAACGGCGAUACGGUUCAUGUAGAUUUCAACUGUUUGUUCAACAAAGGCGAGACGUUUGAAGUUCCAGAGCUUGUACCUUUCCGUCUCACGCAUAACAUGGUCAAAGCAAUGGGACCACUCGGUGUAGAAGGUCUCUACCGUAAAUGCUGUGAGAUAACGUUGAGGGUGCUUCAGAAUCAAACACCAACCUUCAUGUCAGUUCUGAAACCAUUUGUGUAUGACCCAUUGGUAUCGUGGAGUAAGAUAACGAAACAUGAUGGUACAACGGAACGCACUGACCCUCAAGCCAUGAAUAACGUCAAACAUAUUGAAGAACGACUCAAAGGAUAUGUGCGGAUCCAUGGAAAAACAUCUCAAAUGCCACUGUCGGUUGAAGGUCAGGUAAAUCAUUUGAUCAGUGAGGCGACUAAUCAAGAUAAUCUUGCUCAGAUGUACAUAGGAUGGGCUGGAUACAUGUAAGGUAAAUUUGAUUUUAUUGUUCAAUGUUCAUAGUUUUUAGCUCAUAAUAAUAAGUGU